AUGACGUCACCCGACUACAUCCAAGUAUUGAGCGGCUACUGCGAAGACAAAGACGGGCAUCAUCUUGUCCUGCCGUCCAAAGCUUCAAUCCUUCGGCAGAUCGUGGCAGGUCCACGCAUCAGACACCCAGAGGCAAAGUUGGAUCUGUGCUAUGUGACCGACUACAUUGUUGUCACAUCUGGGCCCAGCUCACUCUGGCCGAAGAAAGCCUAUCGAAACCCCUUGGACCAACUCGUGGGCUUCUUGGACAAUAAGCAUGGACAAGAAUGGGAGAUAUUCGAAUUCCGGGCGGAGGGCACAGGAUAUCCCGACUCAGAAGUGUACAACAGAAUCCACCACUUCCCCUGGCCAGACCACCACCCACCGCCCUUUGCCAUAAUCCCCAAUGUUAUGGCUAGUAUGCGUAACUGGAUCAAGCGAUUAGAUGAGGAUACAGGGAACGACCCUCAGGAGGAGGACAAGAAGAAGAAGCGAGUGGCGGUCAUACACUGCAAGGCUGGAAAGGGUAGGAGUGGCACUGUCGUGUGCUCAUAUCUAAUCAGUGAGGAAGGGUGGAAGAAAGAAGAUGCACUCGAACGCUUCACCGCCCGCCGUAUGCGCGCUGGGUUCGGGCACGGCGUGAGUAUCCCUAGUCAGCUGCGUUGGGUAGGGUAUGUGGAUCGCUGGGCGAAUCAGAUGGGCAAGACAUACGUGGAACGACCGGUCGAAAUAGUUGAAAUUCAUGUCUACGGUCUGAGAGAUGGAGUUAAGGUCUCUGUGGAUGGAUAUGUCGACAAUGGCCGCCGCAUACAGACCUUCCACACCUUCAACCGUCACGAAAAGACCGUGGUCGAAGAGGGCAACGGUUCCUGGCCCUCAGCACCACCAUCCAACCACGAGUCUCCUUCCAACAAGGACGACGAAAUGUUGAGUACUCCUGUCAAAGGGACCCCUCAAUCCUCCAGCUUGCAACUCAACCACACGUCGUCCGGAUCUACUCAGACGGUCAUCCUGAAGCCCUCCUCACCCGUCAUCCUCCCCACCAGCGACAUUAACAUAGACUUUGAACGGCGCAACAAGGCUGGCUACGCUGGAUUCACCGUUGUUACAGCCCUUGCCCACGUCUGGUUCAAUGCGUAUUUCGAGGGAGGCCAUGAAGGCGACGACUCUGGCGUCUUUGCGAUCGAGUGGGAUGCCAUGGACGGGAUCAAAGGUAGCUACAGGAAAGGCACCAAGGCCCUGGACCGACUGAAGGUGGUGUGGAAGUAUGCGAAAAAGGAAGGAGACAGUGCACCUUUGGAGCGAGUCAUCACUCAGCCCCGGGAGGGUGAACCGGUACCAGAAAGUCAGCCUGCAGAUUGGCGUGGCGAUGAUGGAGUGUCCUCGGCCGAGGUUGUGGAUAGUGGUCAUUCAGGAGGAGCUGCCCUCCAAAUCGGUGCAAUGAUCGAUGAGGGGGUGGUGUCGAUGGGCAAGAGGUUGGGUCUGAGGAAGUCGCAUCCCGACAGUGCCAAUCUGAGUCGUGCGUCGAGUCCCGUGGAGGAUGACAUGGCCCCUGUACGCAAGAACACCGAGAUCCGCAAGGCCGAGGAUUCUGAAGACGAGGGCGUCAAAGUAUGUGGUCCCGGUGGUGAAGAUCAAGUGUCAUAUGACGAUUCAUCGGAGAACGAAUUGCCUGGGCAUCGGGAUGCCAACUCUGGAGAGGGAGCGGGGGUCGGUCUCGGCAAGGCCGCCCAUAUUUUAUCACAGAUGAAGCCUGGGAACAAAAGUGAGGAGGAGACCCAGCAACAGUCAGAAGGGAAGCAUUCGGCAUGA